UAUUGCUGUUUUUAUUGUUUUGGCUUUUGUCAGUCAGCGUUCUUCCUUCUUGUUUUAUUGUUUGUUCUGCUUCAUAUCAUCAAUUUCCGACCAAUUCCAAAAAAACAAAAAAAGAAAAGAAAAAAAUUAUAUAUGGAGGCUUGUAUUUCAUUGUUGGAUCCAUUCUUAGCUCUCUUGCUGGGAAAGCGGCGGAGAACACAGUUGAUCCUAUUGCACGACAACUUAGUUACUUGUACAAGCAUAAGGGCAAGUUACAAAACCUCAGGGAUCAACUUCAAAAAGUGAAGGAUGCGAGAGAAAGAGUGCAAGAGGAUGGUAAUGCGGCUAAGAGACAGGGAGAGGAGAUAUUUAGCUACGUGGAUGAGUGGUUGUCUAAGGUCAAUGGGAAGAUGUGUGACGUGGAUGAGUGGUUGACUAAGGUCAAUGGGAAUAUCUGUAACGAGGCUGCUGCGCAAUUGGAUGAGGAUGAAGAGAAAGUAAAGCAGGGGUGUUUCGUUGGGUUGUGUCCUAAUUUUAAGUAUUGUUAUCAACUCUGUAGAAAAGCUGAGAAAGAGUUUAACACCAUUGCUGAACUCUUGAAAGAUAACGACCGAUUUGAUGGAGUAUCCCACCGACCUGCUCCAGAAGGGAUAGCUAUUAGACCUGCCAAAGAGUACGAGGCCUUUGAGUCAAGAAAGGGUGCUUUGGAUGCGGUCAUGGAGGCGCUUAAAGAUGCUAAUUUGAGCAUAAUUGGUGUUUACGGGACGUGCGGUGUGGGUAAAACUACCCUAGUCAAACAAGUUGCUAGACAAGCCAAGGAUGAAAAUUUGUUUGAUGAGGUGGUCAUGGCAGCCGUAACCCGGAGUUUUGACAUCAAGAAAAUUCAAGAUCUGAUUGUAGAUCAAUUGAGUGUGGAGUUUACAAAGCAGAGUGACCCCGGAAGAGCAGGCGAACUACGGAACAGACUAAAGAAUUUCAAGAAGGUUCUUGUCAUUUUGGAAUGAUAUUUGGGAGAAAUUGGAUAUGGAGGCUCUAGGAAUUCCUUACGGAGGUGAACACCAAGGAUGCAAGAUCUUACUGAUGUCUAGAGAGCUCAAUAUUUUAUCUUUGAUGCUUUCGCUGAAAAACAUUCGAAUUGAAAUAUUGGAAGAAGAAGAAGCAUGGAACCUGUAUAAGAAGAAGGCUGGUGAUAUUGUUCUAAGCCACUGACUUGCAUAUUACGGCAAUUGAAGUGGCCAAAUAAUGUGCUGGAUUGCCGAUUGCCAUUGUAACAGUUGGGAAGCUAUGAAAAAUAAGAAGAAUUUGUUUGAAUGGAAGACUGCUUUGCAAGAACUAAGCCUCUAAAACACAUUCCUUUCUCCGAUCAAAACCAACAAUGAUUUUUGGCCUAAUAUUGUUCAUCAAAGAAUAAUUUUUCAGUAAUUUUCCUUUUCACCUUCACUAAUAUUGUUCAUUAUGAUUUCAUAAUCCAGUCAACAUAGUCGAGAAUUCUGAAGAUCAGCUCAAUCCUUCAACCGCAAAGAAACAGAGUAAGCCAAAAAUUCUUUCUAUGCAUCUUGAGACCAUAUGGCUUUUGUUGUACUCAUCUAAUGCAAAGGUUUUUCUUUCCUUGAGUAAUGGGUGGCAGAAGGUUUUUUUGUUCUUCCUUAACGUUGCAUAUGUUAAUUUGUUUUGAUUGUUAAUUGUCAUAUUACUAAACGGUAGUGCUGCCAUACUAUUCUAUCUCUAAAGACAAGUUUAAUCGUGUUGCAUUUGAUCAACCUGUAAAUGGUCACAGCUUGUAUCUUUUAGGCUUUUUUGUUUCUAUGAUAACUAAUUUUAGCUUGCCAUGUAUUAUUUGAUCAACCUCAGAAGUGAUAACUUAUGUAGGACUUUUCUAUUUUUAAUGAUCUGGGUAUUGUGAAGUUAAGGAUGACAACAAUUCUGAAGUCAGAGGAUGAGAAAUAUUCUGAAGUGGCAAAAUGACAAGGGUUCUGGAGUUGGGGAUCACAUACUUAUUUUGAACUAGACGAUGAGGGGACUUUUUCAAUGGUGAAUUUCAAGGAUUUGCCACUCUCCCUUUUUGAGAAGGUGAUUUUCUGCUGCAUUGAACCAAUGGCAAAUUCUUGAGUCCAUUGGAUGCCCCAAGGUGUGCCGUGCCUACAACAGCUUGUGAAUGGGCAGUUUAUCCAUCCUGACUGUAACAUGUUCCAUUCUACUUGACUGUCGUGCCGAGUCCGUACGUCCUUGUGGAAUUUUUUGUAGCCCUAUUAUGUUUUAUUAGUGGCGGAGUUCGGAGGCAUGAUUUGAUGCAUCAUGGUGCACAAGCAUUCAACUGUCAAGGAGGUGGAUGGUACGGGGAAAUUGGGCAGAGCGAAUGCUCCUCCCCGAUUUCUGAUAUGGUGAGGGCUAACGCCACCUAAUCCUACUGAUUGAAUGGAAGAAUGGGAAAGAAUCCAAUCGGCACUGAAUGUUUACAAAGUAUUUGUCUCACGUCAAGUGAAGAAGCUGGUUCUUUUCAAACUUAGCAGAAGCUUACUAGUUUCAUUUUUCGUUAAUUGAAAACAUAUACAAGUCAAACACUUGCAGGAAGGCCCAAUGGUUGAGAACUCGUAGAAAUGGAGCAGUUUUUUCUCAUUUUCAUUUUGGACAUUUUCUGUUAGCAUUGACAUAAACAGAACAACCUGCAGCAAGGAUCUUGGUCCUUUGAAAACACUAUAGACCAAGAGUUGCCAACUAUAAGGAACAGAAGAUCAUUGUUCAAGUACAAUGGUUUUUAUUUACAACAGACAUCAGUUUUAAAGUUGGAUUUUUCAGUUAUUUUCUUGAAAGAGUCUUAGGCUUCAAAUCUUAUAAGAGGUGUCUUAUUUUCGUUUUAAACACUGAUAAGCAACUAUGGGAAUUUAAGUUAAUGAAGUUAAUUUAUUCUAUUUGCAGCGGGAAAUGGCUGCUCAAAUUUCUAUCAUCGAUAAAAACCAGUUUUAGUACCAAUUUGAUGUCGCAAUGAACCUGGAAUUUACUAGUAGGGAGUUUAACAUAUUCAAAUGAAGAAGAAAAUUUACUUGUUUAUUCGGUUUGUGUUUAUUAAAGGAUUUAGAAGGAAAGAAACUGUUCAUUUGUUUCGUUUCAGUUUACGCAGUGGAUAGAUCUUAGGCUUGAAUCUCAGUACAGAUAAUACUACCUCAUCCAUCUGACAAGCCUUGAAAACUAGUAGCCCAACAAAAGACCAUAAAUGUGGCUAAAAUAAUGUAUUAGAAAAGAGCUAAAUAUAUGCUACUAUUGGUGAACCAUUUAAGAGAAAAAUAGUAACUCAAACCCAAUACCAACAAACAUAUACGCUACUAUUUCCAUUGUUGUAUCCAUUCCUGGCUCUGUUGUUGGCAAAGCGGCGGAGUACACAGUUGAUCCCACUGCACGACUAGUUAGUUACUUGUUCAAGUAAACGAGCAAGCUUCAAAACCUCAGGGAUCAGCGUCAAAAACUGGAGGAUUCAAGAGAAAGAGUGCAAGAGGCUGUUAAUGACAUGGAACUUGAUUUGUCAAAACGCAGACACAAAAACAUAGCGUGUCCCCAAACACCCACAGUAG